CGUGGCGGCGGCGCGGCCGCUGAGGGGGGCGCGUCUCUUCCGGGAGGUGCCGCGGGCCUUGAGCGCCGGCCCGGGCCUUAUUCGCGGCCCCUGCCCCCGCUCCCGGCCCCGCCGGAACCGCCCCGCCCCGCCAUGCAGCCCCCGGCCCGCGAGCAGGACGCCCGCACCAAGAGCAUGUUCGUGUCGCGGGCCCUGGAGAAGAUUCUGGCGGAGAAGGAGGCGAAGCGGCCGCCGCACGGGCAGCUGCGGAGAGCCUGCCAGGUGGCGCUGGAUGAAAUAAAGAGUGAGCUGGAAAAGCAAAGAGAAGGCACUGCUGCUCCACCGAAAGCAAAUUUCAUCGAAGCAGAUAAAUACUUCCUUCCGUUUGAGCUGGCCUGCCAGUCAAAGUCUCCCCGCAUUGUCAGCACUUCCCUGGAUUGCCUACAGAAACUCAUAGCAUAUGGACAUAUCACUGGCAACGCUCCAGAUAGCGGAGCUCCUGGAAAACGGCUGAUUGACCGCAUAGUUGAAACCAUUUGCAACUGCUUUCAGGGUCCUCAAACAGAUGAAGGAGUACAGCUGCAGAUAAUUAAGGCUCUCCUCACUGCAGUAACAUCUCCGUAUAUAGAAAUCCAUGAAGGAACAAUUCUCCAGACUGUUAGAACCUGCUACAACAUCUAUCUGGCCAGUAAAAAUCUUAUUAACCAGACAACUGCCAAAGCUACCCUGACACAGAUGUUAAAUGUCAUUUUUACACGGAUGGAAAACCAAGCUGUCCAGGAGUCCAGGGAAGCAGAGAGGGCGGCUCAGCAGAAGGCGCAGUCCCCGGCGGUGCCGGCAGGGUCCCAGUCCCCGGGGCAGGGGCAGCUCAGCUCCCGGGGAGGCAGAGCCGCGGCCCCCGGCGGUGUGGGAAUGGCCAACGGGGAGCCCGAGGGGCCGCCGGACCGGGACCGCGCCCCGGCAGCACCAGAGGAAACAACUGAUGGAGGAAAGGAAAUGGUUAAAGACAUCUUGGAAGAUGUGGUCAAGUCAGCUGUGAAAGUGGCUGAAGAAAAGCAGGUAACAGAACCAGUCAGGGCUCUGCCUGCACUGGAGACUGCAGAUACUGUUCUUUCUGGCUCUAGCAAUGAAAACGUGCAAACAAACGGGAUUUCAGAUGAUGGGCAGUCUGUUUCCUCCACUGAUAAUCUGGAAACAGAUGUAUCUGGACAUCAAGCUGCUGCCAGAUUUUCCCAUGUUCUUCAAAAGGAUGCCUUCCUUGUGUUCAGGUCGUUGUGCAAGCUCUCCAUGAAACCGCUCGGGGAUGGACCACCAGACCCCAAAUCCCAUGAGUUGCGCUCCAAGGUCGUGUCUCUGCAGCUGCUCCUGUCGGUGCUGCAGAACGCGGGUCCGGUUUUCAGGACACACGAAAUGUUCAUCAAUGCAAUCAAGCAAUAUCUUUGUGUAGCAUUAUCUAAAAACGGAGUCUCUUCUGUUCCUGACGUGUUUGAGCUCUCUCUCGCCAUCUUUCUCACGCUGCUUUCGAAUUUUAAGACCCAUUUAAAAAUGCAGAUUGAGGUGUUCUUCAAAGAGAUCUUCCUGAAUAUUCUAGAGACUUCUUCAAGUUCCUUUGAACACAAAUGGAUGGUGAUUCAGACUUUAACUAGAAUUUGUGCAGAUGCCCAGUGUGUAGUGGAUAUUUAUGUGAACUAUGACUGUGAUUUAAACGCUGCUAAUAUUUUUGAGCGCCUGGUGAAUGAUUUGUCCAAAAUUGCACAGGGACGAAGUGGGCAUGAGUUGGGCAUGACACCUUUACAGGAGCUCAGCCUGAGGAAAAAAGGACUUGAAUGUUUGGUUUCCAUUUUGAAAUGUAUGGUAGAAUGGAGCAAAGACCUUUAUGUGAAUCCCAAUCACCAGACUGGCUUGGGUUCAUACAAACCAUCUGAACAGGAAAUGGCUGAAGGUAAAUGCCUGGAGAGUGGAGGGAGACGGAGUAGUGUCAGUUCCUUGGACUCCACCGUGUCCUCAGGAGUUGGAAGUGUUGGUACUCAGACUGCUGUCCCGGAUGACCCGGAGCAAUUUGAAGUCAUCAAGCAACAAAAGGAAAUAAUUGAACAUGGGAUAGAACUGUUUAAUAAAAAACCGAAGAGGGGAAUACAGUAUCUACAGGAGCAGGGGAUGCUUGGCACUACAGCUGAGGACCUGGCACAAUUCUUACACCAAGAGGAACGCCUCUGUUCUACUCAAGUAGGGGAGUUUCUUGGGGAAAGCAACAAGUUUAACAAGGAAGUGAUGUAUGCCUAUGUAGACCAGCUUGAUUUCUGUGGAAAAGACUUUGUCUCUGCUCUGCGUAUAUUUCUGGAAGGUUUUCGUCUGCCAGGCGAAGCCCAGAAGAUCGAUAGAUUAAUGGAGAAGUUUGCUGCUAGAUACAUUGAGUGCAACCAACGGCAAACACUAUUUGCUAGUGCUGACACUGCUUAUGUUUUGGCAUACUCCAUUAUAAUGCUGACUACAGACUUGCACAGUCCACAGGUAAAAAAUAAAAUGACAAAGGAGCAGUACAUUAAAAUGAAUCGAGGAAUCAAUGACAGUAAAGACCUGCCAGUAGAGUAUUUAUCCACAAUCUAUGAAGAAAUAGAAGGAAAGAAAAUUGCCAUGAAAGAGACAAAAGAAUACGCAAUUGCAACCAAGUGUAGUAAACCAAGUGUGGCCAACGAGAAGCAGCGGAGGUUGUUGUACAACUUGGAGAUGGAGCAGAUGGCAAAGACAGCCAAGGCCCUGAUGGAGGCAGUGAGCCACGCCAAGGCGCCUUUCACCAGCGCCACUCACCUGGACCACGUCAGGCCCAUGUUCAAACUCGUCUGGACUCCAUUGCUGGCAGCUUACAGUGUUGGCUUGCAGAACUGUGAUGACACAGAGGUUGCAUCUCUGUGUUUGGAAGGAAUACGCUGUGCCAUUAGGAUAGCUUGUAUCUUUGGAAUGCAGCUUGAACGAGAUGCUUAUGUACAGGCCCUUGCUCGAUUUUCCUUGUUGACUGCCAGUUCCAGCAUUACAGAAAUGAAACAGAAGAACAUUGAUACCAUUAAGACACUCAUUACAGUUGCUCACACAGAUGGCAACUAUCUCGGGAAUUCUUGGCAUGAGAUCUUGAAAUGUAUUAGCCAGCUGGAACUGGCACAGCUCAUAGGAACUGGCGUGAAAACUCGGUAUUUGUCUGGCUCUGGGCGUGAGAGGGAAGGCAGCAUUAAGGGCUAUGCCUCUGCAGGGGAGGAGUUUAUGGGCCUGGGAUUAGGGAACCUGGUUGGGAGUGGGGCUGACAAACGGCACAUGGCGAGCAUCCAGGAGUCCGUGGGGGAGACCAGCUCCCAGAGUGUGGUGGUGGCAGUGGACAGGAUAUUUACGGGCUCGACUCGGCUGGAUGGGAACGCCAUAGUUGACUUUGUGCGGUGGCUCUGUGCCGUGUCCAUGGAUGAACUGGCUUCCCCGCACCACCCUCGCAUGUUCAGCCUGCAGAAGAUCGUGGAGAUCUCCUAUUACAACAUGAACCGCAUCAGGCUGCAGUGGUCGAGGAUCUGGCACGUGAUUGGAGAUCACUUCAAUAAGGUUGGGUGUAACCCUAAUGAAGAUGUCGCCAUCUUUGCCGUAGACUCAUUAAGGCAGCUGUCAAUGAAAUUUCUUGAGAAGGGAGAGUUGGCCAACUUCCGCUUCCAGAAAGACUUCCUAAGGCCUUUUGAGCAUAUUAUGAAGAAAAACAGAUCUCCGACUAUUCGGGACAUGGUGAUACGCUGUAUUGCUCAGAUGGUGAACUCUCAGGCUGGUAACAUUCGUUCAGGCUGGAAAAAUAUCUUUGCAGUCUUUCAUCAGGCGGCGUCAGACCACGAUGGGAAUAUUGUGGAGCUGGCCUUUCAGACUACAGCACACAUAGUCACAAAUAUUUUCCAGCAGCAUUUCCCAGCAGCAAUUGACUCAUUUCAGGAUGCAGUAAAAUGCCUCUCUGAGUUUGCCUGUAACGUUGCCUUCCCGGACACCAGCAUGGAGGCCAUCAGGCUUAUUCGCUACUGUGCAAAAUAUGUCUCAGAGAGACCACAGGUUUUAAGAGAAUACACAAGUGAUGACAUGAAUGUGGCUCCUGGGGACAGAGUAUGGGUCAGAGGAUGGUUUCCCAUUUUAUUUGAACUUUCUUGUAUCAUCAAUCGUUGCAAAUUAGAUGUUCGAACAAGAGGCUUAACAGUGAUGUUUGAAAUCAUGAAGAGUUACGGGCAUACCUUUGAAAAGCACUGGUGGCAAGACCUGUUCAGAAUUGUGUUUCGGAUUUUUGAUAAUAUGAAACUCCCUGAACAACAAACAGAGAAAUCCGAGUGGAUGACCACGACGUGCAACCACGCGCUCUACGCCAUCUGCGACGUCUUCACCCAGUUCUACGAGGCUUUGCACGAGAUCCUCCUUCCCGACAUACUUGCACAGUUGCACUGGUGUGUAAAACAAGAUAAUGAGCAGUUGGCACGAUCAGGUACAAACUGCCUGGAAAACCUGGUAAUACUCAAUGGACAGAAAUUCAGCCCUGAAGUCUGGGGCCAGACAUGCAAUUGUAUGCUAGAAAUCUUCAAAACAACUAUUCCUCAUGUCUUGCUGACAUGGAGGCCUGCAGGAAUGGAGGAAGAUUCAUCUGAAAAACACUUGGAUUUGGACCUAGAUCAUCAGUCUUUAAGCAGCAUGGAUAAAAAUGCUUCUGAAAGAGGACAAAGUCAGUAUUCAAAUCCAACAGAUGAGAGCUGGAAGGGUGGUCCUUAUACAAACCAGAAACUAUUUGCUGGCCUCCUUAUCAAGUGUGUGGUGCAGCUGGAGUUGAUACAGACCAUUGAUAACAUAGUGUUCUAUCCAGCAACAAGCAAGAAGGAGGAUGCUGAGCACAUGGCUGCAGCUCAGCGAGACGCAUUGGAUGCAGAUAUCCACAUUGACACAGAGGACCAAGGAAUGUACAAAUACAUGUCUUCUCAUCACCUCUUUAAGUUACUGGAUUGUCUGCAAGAGUCUCAUUCGUUUUCAAAAGCCUUUAACUCAAACUAUGAGCAGCGAACUGUGUUAUGGAGAGCAGGGUUCAAGGGUAAAUCAAAACCCAAUCUCUUAAAACAAGAGACCAGCAGCUUGGCGUGCUGCUUGAGGAUCCUGUUCCGGAUGUACGUGGAUGAAAGCCGGCGGGACUCCUGGGAUGCGGUUCAGCGGCGGCUGCUCAGGUAGGAGAGCCUGGGGACAAGGGCUGUUCCCCCUCAGCCACCACAGCUCACAGCCUGGGGACAAGGGCUGUUCCCCCUCAGCCACCACAGCUCACAGCCUGGGGACAAACAGCCCAGUCCGUGGAGAUGACCAUGGAUAAACAGAUAGAACGACUCUCUAUUAGAAGUUAAUUUAGCAGUAAGGAAACAAUCUGCCUGAACAAAGGAAGCACCUUCUUGCCUGACAUAGGCUUUUCUUUACAGAAGUGAUGAUGUCUGAAUACUUUUACCACCAGAGUCCAUAGUGAUAGUCAGAGGUAUAAUAGGAUACACUGCACUCCCUUUAGAUUAUUGUAAGCUGCUGUAUACCUAGAAUUUAAACAAAUGUAGAAAAUCAUGCUAAAUAAAUAUAAAAAGGUAUUUGGAUGGGUUGUUGGUACAUAGAAGUUCAAAUUACUAAUCUCUGAUCAAAUGUGAAGAUCUUCCAAGCCUGCUGUUGGCACUAAGGCAGUGGAUUCUGAUCUACUAGCAUCUGUGGACGUGUUAAUCUGCUUAGUGUGUAAAAGGGAAGGUUCCAUUGCUUCUUUAAUUAAGUGUGUCCUAAAAUAGCCAUAGUUAAGUGGUACAGUUUGUACCUUGUGUUUACAGUCUGCAGCAGGGACCAAAAAUUUAUUAAUACAAUAAUAAUUCCUCUUUAAUCCGUGACGCUGAGCUCUGCAGAUCUUUUUUAAACCAGCCUAGAUUUGGAGGGAGAGCUCUCUCACGGUGCUGUUGCUUCAGCUGUCCCAGUAUAAGAGUCAGGAAAUAGUGUUUGCAGGUUGAAGGUGACAGCACUUCAAUUACAAAAUGUUUAUUGGGCAAGUCAGACUUUUCCAUCUCUGUCUCUGUCGUUCUCUGUUGCCAACAUGAAAAGUAUUUCAAGUUAUCCGGAACAACUCCUGUAACAGAAAAGACAAAACAAAUUUAUGUAGUUAAAGUUGUUGCAUGUGAUUGAAAACUUUCCCAUUGAAGUGCAUCUUGCUUGAAAACAAGAUACAAUGAGAGGACAAACUGCACGUUAUAAAAAGCUUUAUAAGUGUUUUCUUUAUG